AUGAGCACCAGCAGCGGAUUCGACUUCCCGAGCUUUUACGCCACCUGGUUCGACCACCUCCACCGCCUCAUCGACCAGCUCUCCACCACCACCAAAGACAACCAACACAACGCCGCCUCUACCGCCGAUCACCUCCGCCUUGUGGAGACCGUGAUGUCCCACUACUCUGAUUACUACCGGGUGAAGUCGAUUGCGGCGGAGCGUGACCCUCUUUCCGUGUUCUCCGCGCCGUGGGCUACCUCUCUCGAACGAUCCCUUCACUGGAUCGCUGGAUGGCGCCCUACUACUACUUUUCAUCUUAUCUAUUCUGAAUCCUCCAUCCUCUUUGAAUCACGCAUCGUCGAUAUUCUCCGCGGUCUUCGCACCGGUGACCUCGGCGAUCUCUCCCCUUCCCAGUUUCGCCGUGUUAGCGAGCUCCAAUGUCAAACCGUGGAGGAGGAGAAUGCGAUAACAGAAGAGCUAUCGGAGUGGCAGGACGACGUGAGCGAGCUGAUCGGAGCUAGGGCGGAGAUGACGGGGAGGGUUGAAGGUCUGGUCAGCAUUAUAAAGAAAGCCGACGAUCUCCGCCUUAGGACAGUGCAGAAAGUGGUGGAGUUUCUCACGCCCAAGCAGGCCAUCGAGUUCCUCAUAGCUGCCACCGAGCUCCAGUUCGGUGUUCGGGGAUGGGGACUCGAUCAGGACCGUCGUCGUGGCCAUGAUCCAGACCAAUAAUACAGAGAAUAAGCUAAACUUAGUCCAUUGUGUGUGCAACUAUUUUGAUAUAUGGGUUAAAAAAAAAAGGUCUCUCCCAACUUUUAGUGCU